GGGAAAGCUGGGAUUUGGGGGCAGGUGGGGGCUGCCCUUAGAGACCCCAGGAGCAGAGCGGGGUCGGGGGAUGCUGGUCCCAGAUGUGAUCCGCAGCUGGCGGAGGGGAGGGAGCGCCCGGCGUGUGCGUGUGCGUGUGAGUGCCGUGCGUGGCGGGGGAGGGAUGCGAUGAGGAGCGGGCUCUCGGCUCCGCUCGGGGCUCAGUCUGCGCUGCUGCCGGGCGCUGCUCAGCGCCAGUCCCAGCGCCGCGCAUCCCGACGGCGGCUACAGAGAGCGCAGCGGGGGAAAAAUCAAAUCUAUGCUUGGAACUGGGCUUCUUCCUCGCCAAUGCAAAAGGGAAUAUGCAGCACAUUUUUGCCUUCUUCUGCACCGGUUUCCUAGGGGCGGUGUUAGGGGCCAAUUUCCCCAACAAUAUCCAGAUAGGGGGGUUAUUUCCUAAUCAGCAGUCCCAGGAACAUGCAGCUUUUAGGUUUGCCUUGUCUCAGCUCACAGAACCCCCUAAGCUCCUUCCCCAGAUCGACAUUGUGAACAUCAGUGACAGCUUUGAGAUGACAUACACCUUCUGCUCCCAGUUCUCCAAGGGCGUCUAUGCCAUCUUUGGCUUUUACGAGAGGAGGACGGUCAACAUGCUGACGUCGUUCUGCGGGGCCCUGCACGUGUGCUUCAUCACACCCAGCUUCCCCGUGGACACCUCCAACCAGUUCGUGCUGCAGCUGCGCCCCGAGCUGCAGGACGCGCUCAUCAGCGUCAUCGAGCACUACAGCUGGCACAAGUUCGUCUACAUCUACGACGCUGACCGGGGGCUGUCAGUCCUGCAGAAAGUGCUGGACACUGCAGCUGAGAAGAACUGGCAGGUGACAGCUGUCAACAUCCUGACAACCACAGAAGAGGGCUACCGAGUGCUCUUCCAGGAGCUGGAGAAGAAGAAGGAACGGCUGGUGGUGGUGGACUGUGAAUCUGAGAGGCUGAACAUCAUCCUCAACAAGAUCAUCAAGCUUGAAAAGAAUGGGAAUGGGUACCACUACAUUCUGGCAAAUAUGGGAUUCAUGGACAUUGACCUGACCAAAUUCAGGGAGAGUGGAGCCAAUGUCACUGGCUUCCAGCUGGUGAAUUACACAGACACUGUCCCUGCCAGGAUCAUGCAACAGUGGAGGAAUAAUGAUGCCAGAGAGCAUCCACGUGUGGACUGGAAGAGGCCAAAGUACACGUCGGCGCUCACCUACGACGGGGUGCGGGUGAUGGCCGAGGCCUUCCAGAACCUGCGGCGGCAGCGCAUCGACAUCUCGCGCCGCGGCAACGCCGGGGACUGCCUGGCCAACCCCGCCGUGCCCUGGGGCCAGGGCAUCGACAUCCAGAGGGCCCUGCAGCAGGUCCGUUUUGAAGGAUUGUCUGGCAACGUUCAGUUUAACGAGAAAGGACGCAGGACCAACUACACCCUCCACGUGAUUGAGAUGAAACACGAUGGGAUCAGAAAGAUUGGUUAUUGGAAUGAAGAUGAGAAGCUGGUCCCAAUAGCUGUAGAUACUCAGAGUGGCAAUGAGUCUACAAGCCUGCAGAACAGGACCUACAUAGUCACAACUAUCCUAGAGGACCCGUACGUGAUGCUCAAGAAGAACGCCAACCAGUUUGAGGGCAACGAGAGGUACGAGGGCUACUGCGUGGAGCUGGCGGCCGAGAUCGCCAAGCACGUGGGCUACCACUACCGGCUGGAGAUCGUGCGCGACGGCAAGUACGGCGCGCGGGACCCCGACACCAAGACGUGGAACGGCAUGGUGGGAGAGCUGGUCUACGGGAGGGCGGAUGUGGCUGUGGCACCAUUAACCAUCACCCUGGUUCGAGAAGAAGUUAUAGACUUUUCCAAACCGUUCAUGAGUUUAGGUAUAUCAAUAAUGAUAAAAAAACCUCAAAAGUCCAAACCAGGAGUUUUUUCCUUUCUGGAUCCUUUGGCCUACGAGAUAUGGAUGUGCAUAGUUUUUGCCUACAUUGGAGUGAGCGUUGUGCUCUUCCUGGUGAGUCGCUUCAGCCCCUAUGAGUGGCACACUGAGGAAUUCGAGGAAGGAGGGGCCAACCAGCCAGCCAACGACCAGACAAAUGAGUUUGGGAUAUUCAACAGCCUGUGGUUCUCCCUAGGAGCUUUCAUGCAGCAAGGAUGUGAUAUUUCUCCAAGGUCUCUCUCCGGCCGCAUAGUCGGCGGCGUCUGGUGGUUCUUCACCUUGAUCAUCAUAUCCUCCUACACAGCUAACCUGGCUGCCUUCCUCACCGUGGAGAGGAUGGUGUCUCCCAUCGAGAGCGCAGAGGACCUGGCCAAGCAGACAGAAAUCGCCUAUGGCACCCUGGAAGCUGGCUCCACUAAGGAAUUUUUUAGGCGCUCCAAAAUAGCAGUGUUUGAGAAGAUGUGGACGUACAUGAAGUCAGCCGAGCCCUCCGUUUUUGUGAGGACGACGGAAGAGGGGAUGAUCCGGGUGAGGAAGUCCAAGGGCAAGUACGCGUACCUGCUGGAGUCCACCAUGAACGAGUACAUCGAGCAGAGGAAGCCCUGCGACACCAUGAAGGUGGGAGGUAACUUGGACUCCAAAGGCUAUGGUAUUGCAACGCCCAAGGGCUCUGCGCUCAGAGGUCCCGUAAACCUAGCGGUUUUGAAACUCAGUGAGCAAGGCGUCUUAGACAAGCUGAAAAGCAAAUGGUGGUACGAUAAAGGGGAAUGUGGAAGCAAGGACUCCGGAAGUAAGGACAAGACGAGCGCGCUGAGCCUCAGCAAUGUGGCGGGGGUUUUCUAUAUCCUCAUCGGUGGGCUCGGACUCGCCAUGCUGGUUGCCUUAAUCGAGUUUUGUUACAAGUCCAGAAGUGAAUCGAAGCGGAUGAAGGGUUUUUGUUUAAUCCCACAGCAAUCAAUCAACGAAGCCAUACGGACAUCAACCCUUCCCAGGCCGGCUGCAGCAGGAGGCAGUGGAGAAAACGGACGUGUGGUCAGCCACGAUUUCCCCAAGUCCAUGCAGACGAUCCCAUGCAUGAGCCACAGCACUGGCAUGUCCCUGGGAGCCACGGGAUUAUAAUUGGCCUUUUGACCCAUUGCCUGGGUGAGAGCAGGGGCAGCCCAACUCCACCCCUCCAGAGCCAAAAAACAUACCCAACACCAACAAGACAAACGAUGAUGACAGAAGGGACAAUUGGAUGGAUCUUCUCAAGGAAAUCAAAUCAAUUUCCCUUUUUAUUUGCAAACAGAUCCGCUGGCAGGAGAACAGAAACAGGUCUGUACUGCAAUAAGGAGAGUGUAAUGGGAUUUUACAGACUCGUGAACCAUCCCUGAUCAAAGAACCACUGGAACACUAAUGAGGACUAUGCCAUUUUGUUUUAACUUGGUUGUUAAUAAGUCUUAGUGUGUGCAAUAUAUAUAUUUUUUCUUACUAAUUCCUGUGGUGUCAGGGUAACAUCAGCCCUUUGCCCCUUCCCUGCUCAGUCCUUCAAUCUGGUUUAGUUUGGGAUGCAGACCACAAUGUCUGAGAUACUAACAGCAAGAAAAGAAAAACCAAUACGUGGCAAGUUGAACUCGGUGCAGGGUGUCAGCAUUGACCUCUUUUGUCCGUGGUGAUUCUGCCUUGGCUGUUCUGUGGUGAACUCAGGCUGUGCAGCUCUCACAGCGAGGCAGACAGAGCUGCCCCCAGCUCUCCCUGCAGAAGGAAGGACUCGAUGCAGGAAGAAACCUGAACAAAAACAUGAGGCUGUUUUACAAGGGGUGAAGUCAUGGGUGAGUUUGGAAACCCCAGGUAGCGUGAGGACAAAGCAGUAAUUCUUCCAGAGGUGAUGAGUGGUGGUUGAAGAGGAAAAUUACGUGCCUGGAGUGGGAGCAGAGGGUCGGUGUGAGAUCACGGUCGGCUGCUGAAGAGGGAAAGUAAAUGUAUUCCCCUCACGUGUGACUCUCCUGCCCAGGUUAUUGGGGGCUAAAAUAAGCAAUUGUGAACCAUUUCUUCAUUGCUUAGCUUCUGUGUGUGCUCCCUUUCUGGUGGUCACAUAAGGGAACCACCUCGGGCUGGGAUCAGGCCACCUGCAGACGCCCAGCUCUAGUCAGCUGCCAAUUAACCAGUUAACGUGCUACAGCGUGGGGCUGCAACGGGGACACCCCUGCCCUCUGCUCUGAAAUCCCUCUAUGGCCAUUCUUUUCUAACUCAGAGGGACAUUUUGUAGGUAGCUGGCCAGAAGAAACUGCUGAAGCAAACCAAGGAGGAGAUCCUACAAGAGCUUAAUUCAGUGACCAUGACGUUCAGCAGCAUCAGUGCUGGUCACACUCCAUCUCCCCAUCAAGCUGUGGCCUGUCUGGGUACAAAGCCAACCGUAGCAGAUUCCCACUCCUAUCCUUAGAGAGGGAAAGCAUCCACAAGCCAGGAAAGCAGGCUGCUGACCCCAAACUCGGUGUUGCAGAAUCCCCACAGUGCCAGACAGCAGCUGGGGGUCCAGCCACACGCCCGGAGAUGGAGGGAGCGAGAAUGGUUUUCCAGAACGGCACAAAAGGUUCAUUCUGUGAAUCUCUGGCAUGGACAGACAAAUGCUUCCCACCCUGGUGGGCUGAGACACCCCAGGGGUGUGACAUUCUCAAGUGAAGGAUUCCCAGGGGCACAUCUGGGGAGGGAGAAGGUCUGUGGGGCAGAGGCCACACUGAGCCCACUGGGCCUGGUCCCAUCUCACUGAUGGCAAAUAAAGUUAAAAGGUUCUCACAGAGUCCAGCAAAUACCUGUCCAGGGACUGAGCUGCUACUGGAGCAUUCUGAGCUGCUUUUCCUCAUUUUCUUUAGUCUUUUCUCUUUUUUGCAACAUAGCAAGAGAGGAGCCGUGAAAGAAGGGAGGCAAGUGAAGAGAAAAUGAUGCAGGCAAAUGACUGGCACAGGUCAAUGAGGAGAUUUGGAAUUAAGGCUGGAAAAUGUGUGAAUACCAGUUUCCAUUAGUGUAUGACUGUGCAGAGCAAUGCAUUUACCACCUGGAACACCAGCCUGGUCUGAAUCAUCUGCUCCACUUAUCCACCAUCCUCCAACAAUUUGGAGACCAGCGAGUCAGAGUCAAGGUCCUAAGCCUGGGCACAGCAUGUCUUGUGCCAAUGUUUUCUUCUCUCCAAAACUGGGAACAUUGUGAUCUUCAUCUCUCAUUGCUGAACAUGAACUCUGUUAUCAGCCGCUCCAAACACCACUUCAGGGUGCUUUCUGUUGUUUAUCAUUAUUUUUAACCCUCUUUUCUUAAUUUUAACUUCCGUCCUGUGUAACGCUAGCACAAGUGGAGGCAUCCUUAUCAGCACAAGCUCCUUUUUCCAUGUCCAGAGCCCUCAGAUGAGUCUCCUGACCCAGCUCUUGUCGUGUUCCAGGCCAGUGUGGUGGGAACAGGCUUCUGGUACCCAGCAGUGCCCCCUCCUCCCCAGACAGGACCCCAUGGCAGCAGGUCACAGCAGUCUCGUGAGCAGCAGCACUGCUAGAACUGGCCACCUGUGACAUGAAGAUGUGAGAUGCAGCUGUCAAAGGCUUUUGAUCAGUGGAGGGGUUACAAAAAAAAAAAAAAAAGGUGAAUAGGACAAAAGCGUGGAAAAUGUAAACUUGUAAUAUGUAUUUUUACUACACUUUUCUUAAAAAUAGAGUAAUGGUAAAACUCUUAAAGACAUUGACAUUUUUUCUCAACAGGAUUCCAUAUUUAACAGUUUUGGCUUUCAUUAAAUUUUGCUCUUUGGUACCUGGAUCUUUUAUUUAACAGCUAUAUUUGUUUUAAGUCUCUUUUGGUUUUUCUUUCUUUCUUUUAAUUUUUUUUUCUUUUGACAGUACUGCAAAGGAUUUUGCUUUAUCAAAUGCAAUGGUGUUUUUCUUUUCACAUUCUCUUUUUUUCAAGCAAUAUUUUUAUUGGUAAUUAUUAUUUACACAAAAAAAAAAAAAAAAAAAAAAAAAAAAAAAAAAAAAAUGAAAUUAUCAGCUGGAAUUUUAGAACCAAGGAUCUAUGAUCCAUUUCUCAUACCUGUCCAUGCCGUUUUGUGCCAGUGCUGGAUGUGUGGAAAUGAAAAUUAUGUUACCCCUCAGGCAAUAUUACCCAACCUGAAUCAAAAGAGAUUUCUUUG